UCCAGUGUCCUUUUGAUGCGCAUGAGCGUCACUCGACUCUUAACACUAUAUUAUUUUUGUCGAUAAUAUUAAAUAAUUCGUACAACACUAUAAUCGGACAAAAACUGGCUUGCAUUGGUGAAUGAUGAUAGUGACAUGUGAACUUUUAUAUUUAUGUUUUUGCACUGUUUUUUAUGAAGAAGGAAUUCUAUAUUAAUGUCUGUUAAUAGAAUCAGUGAAGUAUCCCGGGUAGCGGUGUGGGCGUGCGUGUUGCUGUGGUGCGCGCACGCGAGCGGCGCCCCCGCACAGCUGUGCGCGGCGGCGGCGGAGGACGACCCGCGGGCCGCGCGCUUCUGUCAAGCGCUGAAUACUUUCCUUGAGUUGUAUGCGGAGGCCGCUGGUGAACAGGUGCCGGAGUAUCAAGCACUAGUCCGCGACUACCCGCAACUUCUAGACUCCGGCAUGAAGCGGCAGGACGUCGUCCACUCCUUCCUGCGUUUCGGUCGCAGACGCUGACGAGUCUCCCCCCCGCUGCGACCAAACGCCUAAACCCAACCACAACCAACGCAGCGAUACGGCAUGAUCAUAUAAAGUAAAAACCGAUUUAUUUGUCCAAAACAUUAUGUAAGGUAGUUGUCGAUUAAUCAUUAACCCCUCCCCACGUCAUUCGCAAUGUAACCGUCGAACAGGACGGACGUCUCUCUCCUUGUAGAAUAAAUGAAUGUACUUAUCGUUUCAAGUAUUAUAGAUGUAAGGUUGUUGUCGCGUUUCGUUUGAUAUGCAAUAUAUUCAAUAUAGUGAUGUUUUAAAUAAAUACAUAUUUGUGAA